AUAUCUGAAUACUCAAGUGAUCUGAUAGACUACGAUAUGAUCCGCAUAUAACCCUGCGACUCUGUUAUUACUAUCGUGCUGGUGUUUUUGAAUAUUAUAGAGCUUGUUAUAGAGCAAAGAGUGAGCGAGUGAGGGAUAGCAGAGAUCAGCGAUGGACACGCAGAAGCGGUCACGGUGGAGAGAUGAAGACGAGGAUCCGGAGAUACGCGAACGAUUGCGCGCCGAGAAGAAGAAGAAGAAGAAACUGAGGCAGGAGAAGAAAGCCGCUGCUGCUGCUGUUGGGUCUGAGAAAGAUGUAUCUACUUCUUCCGCAGCUGAACCGACGACGAGCAAAGCAGAAGCAACUAACGCUACACAAUCUACAGCAACCAACCUCGACCUCACAGCAGACGGCCUUUUAAAAUUCAAACCCCGCCCGAUCCAAUCCUGCCGGAGCGUGGAAAACUACGAGCGCCUGAACCAUAUCGACGAAGGCACAUACGGCGUCGUGUUCAAAGGCCGCGAGAUGCACACAAACCAAAUAUUUGCGCUGAAAAAACUCAAGCUCGAGAAAAAUUCACAGGGGUUCCCGAUCACUAGCUUGCGAGAGAUCCGCACGUUGCGCGCGAUUGAACAUCAGAAUGUGGUGCGGAUUGAGGAGUUGGUGGUUGGUGGGUCGUUGGAUCAGAUAUAUAUCGUGAUGGAAUACGUCGACCACGACCUCCGCGAGCUAAUGAAAGCAAUGCGCGAACCAUUCCUCCAAUCCGAAGCCAAAACCCUCCUCCGCCAACUGCUCUCCGCCGUCGCCUACAUGCACGCACACUUCAUCAUCCACCGCGACCUGAAAACCUCAAACCUGCUAAUCACAACCGCCGCCGUUCUCAAAGUCGCAGACUUUGGCCUCGCGAGGUACUACUCUGACCCGGUCGAGAAGAUGACGCCGUUGGUUGUCACGCUGUGGUAUCGUGCGCCGGAGCUGUUGCUGGGCGCGAAGGAGUAUUCGACAGAGGUUGAUAUGUGGUCUGUCGGGUGUAUAUUUGUCGAGUUGCUUACGGGAAAACCGUUGUUUGAUGGCAAGAGUGAAAUCAACCAGAUAAAGAGAAUCUUUGAUUUCCUCGGAUAUCCUGACAACAACUCUUGGCCAGGCUAUAGCCGACUCCCACAUGCCACAACCAUAAACCCUCCCAAAGAUCGCCCGCCAACCCCCUCCCUCCGCUCCCGCUUCCCAUUCCUAACCUCCGCCGGCGUCGACCUUCUCUCGAAACUCCUCCAGCUUGACCCCAAGCAACGCAUCUCCGCCGCCGACGCGCUCAACCACCCUUACUUCUCCGAAGACCCCAAACCCAAACCUACUUCAGAAUUCUUACCUUUCCCGUCCACGUCCGAAACAAGAGUCCACGGCGACGAUAGUCCUGGCGCGCCCGCGGUCGUGCAUGGCGGUGGUGCUGAUGCUGAGGCGGGUUUGAUGUCUGAUGACGAUGACGAGGCGACGAGGAUAUUACUGGCUUCUCCUGCCGAUAACAAAAAUGGGUUAUUUAGAGAAGAUACGCAGGGAGGUGCUGGCUUCCAGCUUCGUUUUGGUUAGAUCUUUUACUUGUCUUUGGUACAGGAUGAAGAAGUAUAAUAAUGAUAAGA